UGGAAAUAUGGCCGCAGAAGUAGGAGAGAGUAGUACUGGUGGUGCAAAACCUGCAGUAAGAGAAAGCCGGCGUGAAAAACUAACAAAAUAUAGAGCUGGGAAGCUAGCUGAGCGGACAUUGGAAGGCAAAUGGAACAGCGUUGUUGAGAUGUACAUGAAAUACCCGGGAGCUCAGACGCAAAAGAUCACCGAGGACAACGACAACACUGCCUUGCACGUCGCCGUCGACUUGAAGAUAGAACUAGUAGUGAAGUUGCUGGUGGAAGCAAUCAUCGAAUUCGAGGAAGCAGGGGAUGAAGAAGCCCUAAAAGUGCAGAAUAAAAACGGGGACACCCCGUUACAUCUUGCAGCGUCAAGGGGUUUCACAAAGAUAUGCAUGUACAUCAUAGGGGAGAGUGAGGAAAGGAUUCAUUUGUUGAGAUUGGAGAACAAGAAAGGUGAGACACCUUUCUUUCUAGCUGCACUCAACUGGAACGCACAUACCUUUGCCUACCUCUCCUCCGUCGCCGAUAAACUCCUCUGCAACAGUAUCAAAUUUGCUGAUGAUAUUCGAUGUCUCGUUACACGUGGCACCGGCGAAGACAUAAACAAAAGAGAGAGCAUCCUUCACUGUGCCAUCAACAGAGAAUAUUUCGAUUUGGCAUUCAUAAUAGCCCGUAACUACAGUUUCCUUACUAUGCAUGCCCAUAAUGGAAUCACCCCGCUCCAUGUUCUUGCCAAAAGACCCUCAGCGUUCAAAAGUACAACAAAACUUUCAUUUCUCAAGCAAAUGCUCUACCACAUUAUGCCAGUAGGAAAACUAGAUGUUGACAAGGAAAUGGAAAAAUACAGGAAAGAGAUUCAACGGCUUCAAUUAUCCAAUGGCUCAAAGAAAAUAGGGGAAAAAAAGGCACGACGUAGUUGGCUAUUAGGUAAAUUACUACGUAAUUUGCCGGGACAAAGGCAUGAGUAUGACGAAGAAAACGCUUCCAAGUGCUUUGGAAAAUGUGGAGCUGGAUUUUUGCCACCAAAUUAUGAUACCUUUCUACAAUUUCUCAAAUCAGUAUACGUGCAUUCUUCCCUUAUCCGUUUGGUAGAUGCGUUCUCGGAGGUAAGAGGAACAAAGCAGAAGCACGUAUGGAGUGAUCAACUCUUGUGUAAACUCAUGGAAAACCCUUUCGAAGCGUUCACCGGAAUGGCGGGAGAAGAACCUACUCAUGGGCCUGAUGAAUUGAGUUUUUUUGACCCUGAUGAAGACAUAUUCAAGGAUAUUGUGGGACGGAAUAUAGAGAAUUCGCCAAAACCAGAAAAUCCGAGUGAUACAAGAGGAGGGGCUCCAACUGAUCAAAAUGACUCAAAGGAGGGAACUAAAUCUGGCGACUUGGUUUUAAAAUGUUGUGAUUGUGUUAUCUCUAAUGUGAAGAAUACAGAAGAUUGUGAAAGAAUGAAACCAAUGAGGCCACAAUUAUUGAUGAAAUGUGGCUGCGGUAGAGCAGACUGUAAAAGCAAUAUUGCAGCCGCAAUUGCGGUUGCAGAUCACAGUACAGAAGAUGCAAGUGAUGAUGAUAGUAAAAAGGAGACACCAUAUUUAUUAGCAGCGAAGCAUGGUAUUAUUGAAAUGGUGACCAUGAUUCAACAAAAAAUACCUAGUGUUAUCCAUACCACCAACUCAAAGAAUCAAAAUGUGUUGCUUGUGGCGGUCAAAAAUAGGCAACCCCAAGUUGUUCUGGAACUCAAAAAGAAAUCAGAAGCAGAAGUUUGGGACAACUUAGUUAUUGGAGUGGAUGAUGAUGACAACACAUUGUUGCACUUGGCUGCUCAUGGUUUAAAAGGAGACAAAUCUUGGCAAAUAGCUGGCUCUGCUUUGCAAAUGAUGUGGGAUAUCAAGUGGUACCAGUAUAUGAAAAAAAUUGUGCCACGGCAUUGCCACUUCAGAAGCAACAAGGAUUCAAAAACGGCAGGACAAAUCUUCAACACAUCACACCAGGAGCUCAUCCAAGAGGCUAGCCAGUGGCUGAAGGAUACAUCGGAAUCUUGCUCUGUGGUGGCGGCUCUCGUCGCCGGUGUUUCCUUUGCCACAGCUGGAAAUGUCCCCGGUGGCUACGAUAAUGGCGAGCCACCACUAGAGGGACAACCUGCAUUUGAGGUAUUCGCCCUGGCUUCUCUUGUUGGACUAUGUUUCUCCGUCACCGGACUCAUAAUGUUCCUUUCCAUCCUCACCUCAAGGAAGGUGGCCAAAGAUUUUCGAAGGAGUUUGCCACUGAAACUCCUUGCAGGCCUGAGUUCUCUGUUUGUUUCCAUCAUAACCAUGUUUGUGUCCUUCUGCUCUGGUCAUUUCUUUCUUGUUAACCACAAAUACAAGUCAAUCUUGUUCCCUUUAUACGCUGCCACUUCCAUACCUGUCGCUUUCUAUGCCUUGGCUCAGUUUCCACUCUACUUUGAUCUUCUCAGAGCUAUUCUUACUACUGUUCCAACGGCAAGUGAUGUAGGUGAAAUUCUCUGACCAUGUUUCUGUGAUUUAUUUAUCACUCCUCUACAAUAGCGUUUAAUUUUCUUUCUUUCUUUUUUUCUUUUUUUUUUUUUCCCGUGUGGUAGCACAUGCUCGUGCAUGUCAAUUUGUCAUGUUGGUCUGGUGUUGGUU